UGUCUUCUCUACCGAGCUGAAAUGAUAUUUGCCUCUAAAUGUCGCGCCCAUAAAGUAAAUUUGCAGGGUUCCGAAAAUGUCAGACGGAUCUUGCAGUGCAAACAUUUACCAAUUUCCUCUAUCUUUGUUUACCAGGAAAUUCAACUGCAAUCGAUAUUGCUUUUUAAGCCUUAAAAUUUGUCGUAAAAACAUUCUAAUGCUAAUUUUGGAUUAGAGUCAAAAGUGCAGAUUGGUUUUGUCUAAAACCAACUUUUGCCGUGUCUUUUUUCCCUUUAAUUAAGGAACCUUUCUUUUUCAAAAUAACUUGAAUAAUAAUAAUUAACACAAUGGCAAUUACCAUAGCUUGGAGAUAUUAUUGCGCCAAUUCACCUGCAUAUCAAAAUUUUCGCUGAGGCAAUAAAGUUUUCGAUUACGUUAGUCAUCACUGAAAAUUCAUUCCGGCCAAGAUUGUUUAAAAUAAAAUCGGUGACAACUUCGCACACACCCUAAAAUCUGUUUACUUCUAGUUGCAUCGUUUUUGAGAAUUGGAAACUAUCAAAGCAAGGAGAAUUUCAAAGUGAUAAGAUUAUCAAAUAUUACAAAUCACAGGCGUGAUGUAAGAUGUUCCCCGAAGGGGGUUAUACAAUCUAAUUUGUGCACUAACUAACUAGCUUGAAUAUUUGAGUACUUUAUUUAAUUAUAUCGACCCGCGGUGGACAGUUAGGCGGGCAAAAUCACGUCCCUGCAACGUUCUUGCAGUUUUCGGUCUCUGCGAACCUCCACCUAGGAGCAGACAUGGCAGAGAAUUCUACAGCUACUGCAUUUUCGGCUGACAGCAAUGAGUUGGACAGUUUUAUGGUAAAAAACCCUUCAAUUGCUGCAAUUCAAGGUGACUCCGAUAUCCAAGAUGUCGACAUGGAGAAUUCCAGAAGCUGUAACAGUCAGCGUUUAAUCGUCGGAAUUAUUGUUCUUCUUGGAAUUAUAUGCUUGGUAAUUGGAAUUGUCUUAAUCUCAUUCGCGAAAGAUAAGGACAAGGACGAAAACUGCGCUGGAAAACGCACGCAAAACGGAACUGAAAAACUGAUCUCCGAUGUUUGCGCGCCAUCAGAGGAGGCUGUGCGAGUUUCGCUUUACAGAAUGCUCCAGAAAAUCCAGGAUGAAGUAUUUACGCUAAAUCCUCACAUACUAAUUUUUAAGCCACAGACGACAAAUGAGGAAAUCCGCCAUCAUUUUAAGCCCUACGAUCCGACCCCUUCCGAGAUUAAACGAAGAACCGACGAAGCUUGGCGACUACUCGUGGAGAUCAACGCGACUAAAGUCGAUGCAACCAAACUGAAACUUCGCGAGAGGAAAGCGUUAUCACAGAUGAAAUUCUAUCUUCGGCAUGUCUUCGGACAACCUUACGAUGGCAAUUACUACGCGGGUGAUUGGAUGUUAGGCCCGAAUUUUUUCUGUUGGCAGCCAAUCUGUUCUAUUGGCAGAGAAAUGUCUGAUCAUUUGGCAGCAUUCGCACCUCGAAACAUAAGCGACAUGGAAGUCAUUCAUGGCGUCCUGAAAGCUUACAAUAAAUCGAUUACUCAGUACAUGGAAAACGUGAAACUGGGCGUGAAAACAGGGAUGGUGGGCUCCAUUGAAGAGUGUCGAGGGGGACUGGAUUCCUUCAAGGGAGUCUUCAGCCAUAUUGCCUCUAGCAAAGAAGGCGUACUAAAAGAAGAAUUUGUAGCGAAGUUUCUUAAGGAAGACUUUUAUAAGGACAUAACAGAAGACAUGAAAAAUGACUGGCAAAAACGGACAGGGAAGAGUGUUGUAGAUUCCAUGAAAGAAUUCUUCAUUGAGAAUGUUGGCGCACCGAUCAAUAAAUUGAUCAGCUACUUGGAAAACGAACACAUGCGCCACUGUGUUCCCAGCAAUAUUUCCAGCGGUCUUUUCAACCGUCCAUUGAAGUAUAUCUACACUGACGGCAAACCCAACAUGUCACAGCCGACUGUACAGAACCUGAGUACAGGGGAGAUCCUCAGGGGACCCCAGACGUAUGCCAGUAUUUUGUCCUAUUUCACCACUACUGACAUGACCCCUGAAGAGGUUUACAAAAAAGGAUGGGAAAUGGUGAACGAGACAUACCCUCAGAUACUUUCAUUGGCGAAAAGGAUAACAGGAAAACAAGAAACCAAAGCCGCAGUGAAGGAAUUCAAAACCAACAUUACAUCUCAGGACAUGUACUUCAACAAAGAUCCGUUACCAGCUAACGAGACAGGCGAACAGGCAUUCAAACUAUGCAAUUCAGUAGCAGGCGCCAUGAGGUUUUGUCCGAAAAGAUGGGAAACCUUACAGAAGUGGUUCAAGGCCUCUAGGGAGGCCAUGAGUUUCCUCGAACCAAAGACAGUAAACAUGUUUUACUUCACGGGUAAGCAGCAAACCACACCCAGCUGUCCAGUGCAACUCUCGCCUGAUUUCAAUCCAUCCUCUGCUUCUCAAAGUUAUGUCAGUGGUAAUGCAGCUUGCUCUCAAAACUGCAGAUAUUACAUUCCAUUUUUUCUCGAAAACAUGGGUCCAAUCUUCAGUGAAUGGAGUGUCAACGCUCACGAGGCGAGGCCUGGGCACCAUACACAGGCACAAGGUUUUGUUGAACACUUUAUGGACAAAUGUGGCGGAGUAAUCAGUUGGAUUAACCAGGUCACCCAGUCGAUAGCUUUUGCGGAGGGCUGGGGACUAUACGCCGAAUUGCUUAUUGCUGAAGACACUGAUUCCUACGACGAUCAAUUGUGGCAAAAAUACGGGGCACUGAAAUGGAGGCUGUGGCGCGCACUUCGUCUGAUCCUCGACUCAGGCCUCCACAGCAAGGGCAUGACCAGACAGGAAGGACUGGAUCUACUGGCUAAAUACGCCUGGGACACUUCAGAUGUUGCGCGUAAAGAGAUGACUCGGUACCAGUCCGGCCCGGGUCAAGCAAGCGCGUACAUGAUUGGUCAGCUGACAAUUCAAAAGUUGAGAGAUGAUGCCGAAGACACAUUAAAGGAGAGUUUUGAUUUGAAAGAGUUUCAUUACCAGAUUCUCAACCAAGGCUCUGCAACAAUGAACUUCUUGGAAAGCCACAUCAAGCAGUUUGUUGCAUGCAAGCUGGCACCGAAAACCCCCGGGUGUGAGUCCAUCUUGAAACCUGCAAACGUUGAUGCCAAAACCGGUUUUGAAAACAACGCUGGUAACAAGCUUUCCUCUGGCCACUUCAGUUAUUAUAACUGGCCAUACCCGCGGAGGCAUUACGUAUGAUAACACAGCACUAUUGAACAUUUAGUUUGGCUUAUAUGAAGUUAGUUUUCAAAGCUAUACAGAAUAACGUUUGCCUUUCAAGGCUGCACUAGCCCCGCGCGGACUUUAAAUGUAAAUAACUUGACCUGAAAUGUAUAUUGGAAGAGCUUUUAGGAUUGUACAUCAGUGUGGAAACAUUUUUGAACGCUCUAUAGAAAGUCUUACCUUUAAGGAGAAGAGUGCCCUCCCCCCCCCCACCCCCGCCUGGUCCUGGUGGAAUUAGGUAAAAUUAGGCUCCGAUUUAACGCAGGGCAACUUAAAAUAUCAUAAAGUAGUAAAAUAGUUCUUUUCUUUAACUGUUAAUAAAGAAAUCAGCGCACCGUUAGAAUCACAGCACAUUUAACAAGGCAAUUUUCAUUAAGAUUUCAAUCAUCUCUCUCCCAUCUUUUUUGUUAAGUUUGGGAAACGAACGACCAUUCUGAGGCGCUCCCGAAGGUUUCAAAUUGACCUCGCCUGAAGAAAGCGGUCGCAUUUAGAUGUUUCACUUGGACACCGUUUAUAUUAUAUAUGUUGAAAUCAUCUGUGGCUGGGACAGAAACUGCUAAACAGUGUGUUUCAAAACCAAAGGAGCAGCUAAAAGAAUGCAUCAUGCUUUGUAGUUUUUGUUAAAGGGACAAUUUUUAUUGUAUUUUUAAGGAAAUGAGCAGUUUCAGUGAGCUUCAGUUGUGAAUUUUGAAAUAUCCUACUUUACUCCAAAUCCUGUCCCUAACGUCAUACAUCCUUUGCACUUUUCAAACUCAACUGUUGUUGUUAUUACGAAUUCCACGAUAAGAAACUAAAAGACGCAACCAAUAAACAAGGGUUAGAGCUGUAACUUUCUCCAUCCAAGCCUGCAUUUUGGGAUAAUAAUUUUGAAAUCUGCCGUAAAGAUUUGUUUAAUAUGUUUAGGUGGAAAAAUCGCAAUAGGGUAACAUCCUUACAGCUUUAUCUUCACGAAUAAAUACUUUUAUGCGUUUUUUUCUUUAGGAAUGUACUUCUCGUCGUGUAAGGCUUGUAAUACCUGUUCAAUU